AGAAGAAACUCUUUUCAUUCCCUUUUUUGAAUGAUCCAUCCGAUGUGUAAUUACAACACCUGUCUACUCGAUCUAAGAAUGUAAGUAUGAUGCAUCGUACGAGUAAUCGUGCACUGAUAAAUAAAGGCCUUGUGCCUCGAGGAGUACGGCCAGUGCGCUGGCGGACAUCGAUGGGUGAACCACGUGGAUUUCGACAGAUAUAUACAUAUAUAUAUACAUACAUACAAUUACGUGAUUCAAUAAAUUUAAAUAAUAUUAAUUGACAGAAGAAUAAUCGCAUUAGCAUAAUACGUUACGACAAAAAUCGAAAAAAGAAAAAUUAUCAUCAACCCGAACGAUUUAAUUUCAAUUCGAUCGAAAUCGAAAGUGAAUAUUGUUGUUACGCGCGAAUCGUGUUGUUAGAAUUUGUCGUCUUUUUUCACGGGUUAAUCAAAUGAUAAUUGGCAAGAGUGAGAUAAAAGUUAUGUAAUUUCAAUACGAAUGUAUUGUAAUCAAUUUUUUUUUCCCAAGUGGAUAUAUCUUAGCAGUGUGAAGGAACAGAUCUCGUUCGAAAGACUGCGAAAUUUCAAGCACGAUACAAUUGACGAAUUAUUAAGACAGGAAAGAUUACUAGUUUUCUUUAGUUAAAUAUACCGAAAUGAUUUUGCUGUUCGACGAAAUAGACGCAUAGACGAAGAAGAAGAGAAACGUUGUUCUGUCGAAGUUAAUACUCGUGCCAAUCUUAACCUUAUUAUUUUCCUUAUAGUUCAGUAUUUGAUCGAAAAGUGAGAAAAUAAUCAGAGAGAAGGAGGAGUUGUAUAAACUAAUAGAAAUGCGUGUGUAAUAUCUUGGAAAUAAUAACUCUGUAAUAACCUCUCUGAAAUCUGUCUUUGACUCUUUAACCAAGCAUUUUGUUUCGAUUUGAAUAAUUUCAAUCAAGUAUUUGGAGAAAGUCAUCCUGUGAAAAAUAUAAAAAAAAAUACAGUCAGAAUCAAGAGUCAUAGAAGAAAUAUAUAAGAAGAUAUAUAUAUAUAUGUAUUAGAAGAAAUAUAUAAAGAAUGUUAUUAACCAGAAGAAUAUUUCGAAUUUUCUAUUUCUCUCUGGCUGCAUAUAAAAUUUCUUUAAUCGGGCAAAGUUAUUUUCACUAACGAGAAAGGAAGAAGAAAUUAGACUGAGAUUGAAAAAAUCUGUAACUAGUAGAGUGGCAUUAGGCAAGGAAAAAAUUUGGAAAAUUUUGGAAAAGAAUCUGUUUUACAUAAAUAUUUAAGCAACGUUGUAAAACGUUUUUUACGUCAGUGUUUGCAGAAAUAGAAUCGAAAGAAAGAAAAAAAUGUCUGGAACUGUGAAAAAAUUUUUAGUGUUAUUGCAGAUUUUUUUUUUCGAAUUGACGAUUUGCGCUGCUCGCAUAGAUGAACCGCCGAUCAUUCAUUCGAUUCCUUUGGAAAACAAGACAACAACACUCGACGAGUACAAAAAUUUACCUGUGGUUGGAAAAUGUUGCCCGGUAGGCGAAGUUUUUACAAUAAACGUAACUGGCCAAGCGGUUUGCACAGUUAUGGAUUCCUUCAUUAUCGAAAAUUUCUCUCCUAUUUUCCAUGAUUUUAAUGAUUCUGGUUAUCUGGUUCCCGGUAAGGUUCGAAGUCCAUUUGUCGCGAUUAUUGGAAAUCCCUGUAAAUACAAAAAGUAUAUUUUAAAUUCAAGCGAAGACGAGCAAGAUUUUCAUUUAUUAUUAACGAAUGGUUCGAUAUUUGCACCCGAACACGAUCCAAAAAUAUUGCAACCUGGAAUCGAUUACUGUAUAGAAAUUAUUCCAGAGAUGGGAAUCAACACUUUUGUGUGUUUUCCUGAAGAUCGCGUAAUAAUAACGGCAGACUCUCGAAUUACGAUCUACGCUUGUGGCCUUUUAAUAUCCGUACCAUUCUUAAUUCUUACAAUCACUGCGUAUUCCAUCACACCAGAGUUGAGAGACGUAUAUGGAAAAGCAGUGUGUCGUUAUUGCGGAUGUUUGGCUCUUGCUUUCGUCAUGUUAGUAAUCAUACAAUUAUGGAAUAUAGAAUUGUCGAACCAAACUUGUAUAAAUAUAGCAUUCAUUAUCCAAUUUUCUUUCAUCGCCUGCUUCUUCUGGCUAAAUGCGAUGUGCAUUGAAAUGUGGUUAUUAGUGCGUUUCUACGUCGGUAAAUGUAGGAACAGAGGAUACUGUCGGGAAAUCUGCGAAAGGACGGAAUCAAGAACGUUAUUUUUUUGGUAUUCUUUAUGGUGUUGGGGUCCCUCGGUGAUACUUAUCCUCGUCUCAAUAAUCAUGGAUCUUAAUCCGAUGAUACCUGCGACUUACGUGAAGAAUUUCGGCAAGGAAAGUUGUUCGUUCAAAGCUGAAGACAAAGCGAUACCAUACUUUUAUAUACCAAUUGGAUUACUUCUUCUUGGGAAUGUGAUUCUUUUUAUUUUAACUUUCAUCAAAUUGACUAAAUAUCAAAGGGAUCUUGAUUUGAGACGUCUUAGGAGAAACGAACCAUCGGAUCAAGACGAUCGAAGAACUCUUCGAUAUUUAAUGAGAACCGCAUUUGUCUGCAUGCUAAUUUUCUUCUUGAUGGGCCUCAAUUGGUCGAUGGAAUUAAUAUCCUGGUACAUCAAUGGAGAUUCUUUCGACUGGUCCUCCUUCGACCUUGUAAACGCUCUUCAAGGUGUUCUUAUUUUUGGUUUGUUCGUACUACGAAGGCCACCGAGGGACUUUAUAUGGAAUAGAAUACAAAAAUUUCGAGGUAUUAAUGAAAUACCAGAACGAGAAAUUGGAAGCAUGGAAUUGGGUUUGCUUCAGAUGAUGAAUGGUGAUCCUGUGCCUAGAUAGAUAUGAUUAUUGUUUAAAAAUAAUUUAUUUUUCGAUCCUUUCUCAAAUUUGUUGAAACAUCAUAAAAGGAUUACAAAUCAACUGCCGAGAAUGCUUGAAAGUUCCUUGAAGAGAUGUACAAUUUUAGUAUAACUUAUUUAUAAAGUAUUGAAUUAGUCAAAUAUGGAAAAAUUGAUAAUUUUUACGUAUUUAUUUUAAACAAGACUUAUCGACUUAUUAUUUAUUAAUUAACGAGUUAGAAGAAAUUAGUUAUCUCACAUCAUAUGAACAAUAUAUAUUUCAUUAACAUUAUGUAUAACAAUUUAUUUUGUAUAUCAUCUUGAUUUCAA